CCGGUGCGAAGGCUGGGCAUCAUCGGCGGCGGCGGUGCAGCUGGCCUUGCUAUUUUGCGAGUUUUCUUGAAUAAACCUGAGUUCCAGGGGCAGAAUGCUUGCUGGUCAAUCCAGGCAUUUGAGGCUCGGGACGACAUUGGAGGCAUUUGGAUGCCCGAGAAAAACUCAGAUGAACUUAUUUGCUUCUCAUCGCCAGAUUCAGACUCAGGUUACGUUGAAGUCCCGCCAACACCACUGUACCACUCAUUGACAACGAAUAUUCCUCACCCAUUGAUGACCUUUCAUGAUUUCCCAUUCCCACCCUCUACGCCCCUCUAUCCACAUGCUUCAGUCGUGCUCAACUACCUGAGGUCGUAUGCUGAUCAUUUCGAUCUGCGGAAGUAUAUCCGAUUCAACGCUCGUGUAAUAUCUCUUGAGCGGGAUGAGGCCAAUGAUCGCUGGGAAAUUAGAUUGUCUAGCACGCCUGGUUCAUCACUGUAUUUCGAUUCCGUUGUCUUGUGCCAUGGACGAUUCAGAGAGCCUCAGUUUCCUGAAAUAGCUGGUCUGAGAGACUGGAAUAACUCAGGCAGGACAAGUAUGCACUCCAUAUACUAUCGAGAACCAUCUGGGUUCCGCAAUCAGCGUGUGCUUGUGGUGGGAGCGGGUCCAAGUGGCGAAGAUAUCAGCUCCGAUAUCUCUCGGACGGCCGCACUCGUUUUGCAAUCAUGCACGCGCACCAGGCGGUUGAAUAACCCUUUAGUGGAACAGCGUCCUCGUCUCAUUGAACUACGACCCAAGGAUGGGGCAGCGAUUUACGAAGACGGCACCUCAGAUUCUGAUAUCGACGCUGUGGUGUUUGCAACUGGCUACAAAUACUCCUUUCCCUUCUUCCCACCACUCCAUCCUUUGGCAUUUUACGACACGACAAAUCCCAUUCCUCCACAUCUCUUCAAUUCAUCCUGCCACGUACAUCCCUUGGCCCGCCAUAUAUUCCCUUUACAUGACGUCCCGCCGAACAAGCUUGCGUUCAUGAGCCUUCUAUACAAAGUUGCACCAUUUCCCAUCUUUGAAGACCAAGCUCAUGCAAUUGCUUCCGUUUUCCUGGGGAAGCACAAACUCGAUGAGGAGCGGGAGCGGCUUCUUAUUGAACGACGCUUCAAAGUACUUGAAGUGCUAUAUAAUGGAGACCCCAGACAAAUAGCCAAAAACUGGCAUGUAGUCCCCGAGAAUGAUCCCGAGUUGGAGGAUCAGUACCAGUAUAGAGUUGAUUUACUCGAGAUUUCCGGAUCCGAUAGCUUUCCACCCCCACCCCCAUGGAAUAGAGAGAUUUAUCUACAGAAGAACAAGCUCCGUCCAUUAUGGGUUGACAUAGAACGUCGAGGGAUUGCGGAUCAGGUUCUGGAGGGAUUGGGCAAAGGUGGUGAGCACGAAUGGGUGGAGUUCAUGUAUAACCUUUUAGGCGGCACGCACGGAACCACCCUUUCGAGCAUUCGAGAACGAAACUCUGAUUAGACAUUCUGCAACGAGAGAUGGAAUUGAAACUGGAUUUCGAAGGUCAUGCGGUAUUUAGCAGAGAUGUGAUCAUUACAAGCUUUUACCCAAAUACCCUCCAUCUCCCAGUAUCACUCAUCCGGAGAUUGGCUCCCCUUUUCUCUCACUAUUUUGGAGCGUAGCUUUGGUUCCAGGCAGUGGGAUUGCAGGGGCGAUGCGAUUCCGCGAUGAGUGUGUCAGCGAGAUGAGAUUUAGGCCAACGACUUCCAUCAUGGUCCAUGUCCUUCCUACAACUGGAAUGACAGGUCUUGACUAAAACUAUCACUGGAAUCAUUUGCUACACACGCAUCGACCAGUGAAUGUUUCUAGA